UUGUUUUGCUCAGACGUCACCGUCCGUCCAGGAGAACCGGGAUGCUGCUCCGCUGAUGUCCUGCGGGAGAACCGCGGACUGUGUCGGUGAAGUCGGUGGAAGAUCCGCCCAGCGCGGCGCGGGGAGCUGCGUGACCGGCCGAGGAGCCUCUGGAGGCGGACGCAGCGCCACUCGUACCCGGCUGCUGUGUGACCUGCGGGGGGCGCUGCGGCACCAUGAGCGGCGCGGCGCUCGGCCUGGAGAUCGUCCUGGUCUUCUUCUUGGCUCUCUUCCUGCUGCACCGCUACGGAGACUUCCGGAAGCAGCAGCGCAUGGUUCUGUUCGGCACGCUGCUGGCCUGGUACCUCUGCUUCCUCAUCGUCUUCAUCCUGCCGCUGGACGUCAGCACGACCAUCUACAGGCAGUGCAUCGAAGACCAUGAGGAACACCUUCCUGCGUCCACCGCCAGCCCGACCAACCGGACCGGACCCAGUGGGCCCAACCCGCCCAGCAGCAUGGCUCCGACCAGGAGGACCGUCCCGUCGCCAUGUCACCGGCCCUGGAGCUACAUCCCCGAAGGCAUCAUGCCCGUGUUCUGGAGGGUGGUGUACUGGACCUCUCAGUGCCUCACCUGGCUGCUGCUGCCCUUCAUGCAGUCGUACGCUCGCUCCGGAGGGUUCUCCAUCACCGGGAAGAUCAAGACGGCGCUCAUCGAGAACGCCAUCUACUACGGCACCUACCUGCUGAUCUUCGGCUCGCUGCUCAUCUACGUGGCGGUUCACCCCGACUGGCCUCUGUCUCACCUGUCCUGGUACCAGCUGCAGACUAUCGGCAUCACGGCGGCCAACACGUGGGGCCUGUUCCUGCUGGUGCUGCUGCUGGGCUACGGCCUGGUGGAAAUCCCGCGCUCCUACUGGAACGCCUCGCGCCACGGACACCUGCUCAUGAAGACCUACUUCAAGGCCUCCAAGCUGAUGACGGAGAAGGCGGACGCAGAGGAGAACCUGGAGGACGUGAUGGAGGAGGUGAGGAAGGUCAGCGAGUCCAUCAAGUAUAACCAUCCGCUGAGGAAAUGCAUCGACACCAUCCUGAGGAAGUGUCCCGUGGACUACCAGGAGAAGAUGGGUCGGAACAUGGACGACUACGAAGACUUUGACGACAAGCAGAACUCGUACCCGACCGAGAAGAGUCUGGUCAAGCUGCACAAGCAGGUGAUCUACGCCGUGCAGAGGCACAACCGGACCCGGGUCCAGUGGCAGAUCCUGCUGCAACAGGCCGUCCACCUGGAGGACGUGGCCAAGAACGAGACCAGUCUGAGCCACCAGUUCGUCCACAGCUUCCAGUCCGCCGAGCCGCCGGGCCGCUUCAGCCGCUACGUCUACACCCCGACCGUAGAGUGGUACUGGGAAUGCCUCCUGAAGCGCUGGUUCUACCGGCUGGUGUCUGUGGUUCUGACGCUGUUCAGCGUGGCCGUGGUCUGGUCCGAGUGCACGUUCUUCAGCACCCGACCCGUCCUGUCGCUGUUCGCCGUCUUCAUCCAGCUGGCAGAGAGAGACUACAACUACCUGUACAUCGAGAUGGCGUGCUUCAUCACCAUCUUCUUCCUCUGCACCUGCGUCUACUCCACCGUGUUCCGGAUCCGGGUCUUUAACUAUUACUACCUGGCCUCCCACCACCAGACCGACGCCUACAGCCUGCAGUUCAGCGGCAUGUUGUUCUGCCGUCUCACUCCUCCUCUCUGCCUGAACUUCCUGGGUCUGAUCCACAUGGACUCCGCCAUCUCCCACCAGCAGAAGCUGCCCACGGCCUACACCUCGAUCAUGGGCUCGAUGCGCGUUCUGUCCUUCAUCGCCAACGGCUUCUACAUCUACUACCCCAUGCUGAUCGUCAUCCUCUGCAUCGCCACCUACUUCAGUCUGGGAACCUGCCUGAACCUCCUGGGCUUCCAGCAGUUCAUGGAUGACAGCGAGAUGACCUCUGACCUCAUCGACGAGGGGAAGGAGCUGAUCCGACGCGAGAGGAGGAAGAGGCAGAGGAUCGAAGACGGAGAGAACCGACGGAGAGAGUGGAAGGAGCGCUACGGCAACCAGAGGGAGGACUUCGCUCCCCGCAACCGGAGCAGCCACGAGAUGAAGGAGACCAGUUACUCCGAGUCCAGCAGGGACAGACAGGUGAAGUAUUCUCGCUCUGCCAGCCGGGCGGACAGGGACCGCAUCGAGCUGCUGCAGGACGCCGAACCGCUGGACUUCAACGCCGACGCCCCGACGGACGACGUCCUGGAGGCCGAGGCCAGCAGACAUGCAGGAGGACGAUAUCUCUCCAUGUCUUCGUCUCGGAAUCGGAUAUUUGAUGAUGUUUAGUUUUUCGGCUGCUGCUCCCCUCCCUCCAUGCAUGCUUCCGACCUCUGACCUGCAGGUCAGCUAUCUGAAGGAUUUUUCUGGUGGCUGAUGAACCUUCAUCCAUCACUGAUGAAGGUCAUAUUAUACUUUAUUUAUAUUUUAUUUUGUCCCCAUGUUGGUGUUGUUGGUUAAUUUCGUAGUGAAUCCUGAAUGAUUAUUAAUAAUUAUAAAUAAUUUGCACUGAUCUGAAAUGUCUGAGCUGCUGACUGAAUCACAUUAAAUGAUUUUGUUGUUUUAAUGUGUGAAAACAAAAUUUUUGAGGCAUUUAAUGAACAUCAAUGUUUCAGUAAUUGAUCAGCUCAGAAUCAAUGGCUCUCCUCACUGGCAGCUUUUUCAUCUCACCAAGUUCAGGUAAAACUAAAACUUGGCGCUGAUUUCAGAAGCCUGUCCAACACCUAUUAACUCUAAAAACUGAGUUUUAUUUCAGUUUUGCUGCUUUGUUCAUUCGUUUGUGACCUGGGAAUAAAAGGGUCGACCACUCGGCCCUGAGGGACUCCAGGUUUCUGCUCCAAACAUCAAGUCACUGCAGAAUUAGAAAACUGCUUCCGGAAUAACAGACAGGACGACGCUGCCGAAGGAUCAUCUCUGUUGUGUAUAUUGUGUAUAUUUUGUGUUUUUGUAUUCUCUGGGUUAACUGGUCACUUUGUGUUCACGGCUCCAGACGUGAUGUGAAGUCUGGACUGCUUCCUCUGCUAACCGUGUUCUGUCUGAAAAUAAAAACUGGUUCAUGCUGAAAAGA